AUGGCGUCCGGUGGAUUGGAUGAAUCAGUAAAGCAGUCUUUGAAGGCAAUACCUCUAAUGAAAACAAAGGCUGGACCGCGAGAUGGUGACUUAUGGAUUCAGGUGAUUCGGGUUCUAUUUAUUCGUCGUUUGCCUGCUUUGUAA